AUGUGUUUCCCCUUACCUAAUCCUACACUUGAUCUAUUUUGUUCACAGAUUUUGCCUGAAAUUCCUCAUCAAAUCAAUUGGCUUGGUCUUGAAUCAACUUCUAUGGAACGAAUACUUCUUGCUACGAAUUAUCCUAAUUUAUAUAGACUUGGUUUGCAUGGUAUUGACGUAGAAGGAGCUAAAGCUCUCUUUACUGAUAAUCAACAUACAUUUAAAUAUUUUCAUAAUAAUCAAACUAUUUCUUGUGUUGAUUAUUUCGAAGAAUGUAAAUAUGUUACUGAAGUUGGUUUAUAUGAUGAACGUCCUUUUGAACAUGAAUUUUUUCUUCGAAUUGCUCAAUCAUUUCCAUCUAUGGAAAAAUUAACUGUAGUUAAUCGAAAAUCACAAAUCGAUAAACGAUGUAUAAAAUCAAUCAAUGAUAAUCAAGAUUUAUCAAUUAUUAAAUAUCCUCAUCUCACUAAAUUUUUUCUUGAAGAAGCUCAUGAUGAUUGUAUUGAACAAUCUCUAGUCGAUACGAAAAUGUGUUUACCGAAUAAUGUUUUUCUUUUUGCUGUUGAUCGAUCACUGGAAAGAGUGGCACGCAAUUUUGAAAGAGGAGCAACACGAAACAAUUGUGAAAAAGUGAGUUAUUUAUCUAUACAUGGCAUAUCUCUAGAUGAUGAACAUAUCAAACACUAUUUUCCUCAUGCGCAUAUAUGUUCUAAUUUAUUAUAA